AUGCACUUUGUAGUGCAUGGAGCAAAAUUCGGCGUGCACGUAUAAAAAACCAACAUUAAAAACUGAAAAUUUCUAAAACCAGAAAGAGCAGGAUAGUGCUCUUAUUCAUUUCAGAUCUCAGUCAGUUCCAUCGGGUAACCACAGAACACGAACAGAGAGAGGCAAGAGAAAAGACGAUGAGUGGGACGGUAAAGAAGAUAACAGAUGUGGCUUUCAAGGCAUCACGGAACAUAGAUUGGGAUGGUAUGGCCAAGCUUCUUGUCUCUGACGAGGCUCGCAAGGAGUUCAACAAUCUCCGCCGCGCUUUCGACGAAGUCAAUUCUCAGCUCGAAACCAAAUUCAGUCAGGAACCUGAACCCAUAAACUGGGAGCAUUAUAGGAAGGAAAUUGGUCCUCGCUUGGUUGAUGUGUACAAGGAAGCCUAUGAGAGCAUUGAGAUACCCAAGUAUGUUGACACUAUCACACCUCAAUACAAACCAAAGUUUGACUCUCUGUUGGUGGAACUAAAGGAAGCAGAGGAAAAAUCUCUUAAGGAGUCUGAAAGAUUAGAAAAAGAAAUUGCAGAAGUCCAAGAGUUGAAGCAAAAGAUCAGUACCAUGACUGCUGAUGAAUACUUCGAGAAGCAUCCUGAGUUAAAGAAGAAGUUCGAUGAUGAAAUCCGCAAUGAUUAUUGGGGUUAUUGAUUUCAGGUCUGUGCAUUAGUCAUGGGGAGCUUGAAAAUGAAGUUUCAGUUUGUCCAAAAUAUCAUGGGCACCGAAUAAAAAAAAAAAAAACACCAGAGUAUCUUUCUGAUUUUGGUUGUCUGGUCUUUUUGGAUGCACCAAGUUGAAUAUACUUGGGUUUUGACUCCAUGAAAUGCUCAAUUAAUAGAUAUUGGGAAAGCAUGAACAAGCUUUGCAUUGUUACAUUUUUGAGUUCAAUUAAUUGGUUUUGUUGCCCUCC